UGAGGCCAGUGUAAAUACGCAUAUUUGGCCAAGGAUCAGACUAGGCGUCUCGACUCCUCGCCUUUACAGUUUCCUAACAAAGCGCAAGCUGUGAUGAAUGCCAGCUCUUGAUUCUUGUUGUGUGUAUGCAUGUGUGUAGGUGUGUGUCUUUUUUUGGGGGGGGGCAAAAGGUGACAGUAGAGUAUUCCAGGGAGACACUGGUUGGAGACAGUGGCUUCUGUAAGGUAAACAGGAUCUCCUCCUGAAGGUCGAGGGAGGUGCUUCUCAAGGCCCCCACAGACAAUACUCUGGGUAUUAUUAACGGAAAUGGCUAAGAAUAGAGAGCAGGGGAGCAAGGUGGCUCCUCUGGCGGUCGUGUUGUUUGGGUUAAACAAGCCAGAACGGAACAUCAUCUUUAGAAGAGUGACUUCUCGAGCUUACAUGCUGGGUGUGGCGCACUCGCACAAGGCAAGGGGUUGCUUUAGAGGGCUUUAGCUGCCUCUGAUGUGCAGCAGAGGUAAAAGAGAGUAGCUGUGGAUCACUCUUGACUGUUUUAUGCAUGGAGUUGUUGCACUUUACAGCUUGGAUUUAUAAACCAUGAUCCCCAUCACCGAGCUGCGGUACUUUGUGGACACCCAGCCAGCGUACCGCAUCCUGAAGCCAUGGUGGGACGUGUUCACCGACUACAUCUCCAUCGUCAUGCUCAUGAUUUCUGUGUUCGGGGGGACGCUGCAGGUCACCCAGGACAAGAUGAUCUGCCUCCCCUGCAAGUGGGUGGUGAAUGAAACCUGCAAGAAAAACUUUAGCUCCUCCAUCCCCACGUCGCUGUUCUUGGAGCCCAAAGGAAUCCAGUACGAUCUGGACCGCCACCAGUACAACUACGUGGAUGCUGUGUGCUAUGAAAAUAGGUUGCACUGGUUUGCCAAAUAUUUCCCUUACUUAGUAUUACUCCACACCCUUAUUUUUCUAGCUUGCAGCAACUUUUGGUUCAAGUUUCCACGGACUAGCUCCAAACUGGAGCACUUUGUGUCCAUCUUGCUGAAAUGCUUUGACUCUCCCUGGACUACCAGGGCGCUAUCGGAGACGGUGGUUGAAGAAAGCGAUCCAAAACCAAUGAAAAUGAACGGCUCAAUGGACCACAAGGAGUCCGUUAUCAGCGAGGAUGUAGAAGCAAGUGUUCCUAUGCUUCAAAGGACAAAGACACGCUUUGAGCAGGGAAUUGUGGAUAGAACUGAAACUGGAGUUUUGGAUAAGAAAGAGGGCGAGCAGGCAAAAGCUCUGUUUGAAAAAGUGAAGAAGUUCCGCAUACACGUGGAAGAAGGAGACAUUGUGUACAGACUGUACAUCCGUCAGACUAUUAUCAAAGUUAUCAAGUUUAUUUUGAUAAUCUGUUACACAGGGUAUUACGUGCACGAUAUUAAAUUCAGUGUUGACUGUUCUGUAAAUAUUGAGAGCCUGACCGGUUACAGCGUGUACCGUUGUGCUCACCCACUGGCUACACUUUUUAAAAUCCUAGCCUGUUUCUACAUCAGCUUAGUGGUGGUAUACGGUCUGAUCUGCAUGUACACGCUUUGCUGGAUGCUUCGGCGCUCCCUCAAGAAGUACUCCUUUGAGUCCAUUCGGGAAGAGAGCAGCUACAGCGACAUACCCGAUGUGAAGAAUGACUUUGCAUUCAUGUUGCACAUGAUAGAUCAGUAUGACCCUCUGUACUCCAAGCGCUUUGCCGUGUUCCUCUCUGAAGUAAGCGAGAAUAAGCUGAGGCAGCUCAACCUCAACAAUGAGUGGACGCUGGACAAGCUCAGGCAGAGGAUCACGAAGAACUCUCAGGAGAAGUUGGAGUUGCACCUUUUCAUGCUGAGCGGCAUUCCAGAUACAGUGUUUGACCUGAUGGAGUUGGAAGUUCUCAAACUGGAGCUAAUCCCAGAUGUUACCAUUCCCCCAAUCAUCGCCCAGCUGGUCAACCUGCGAGAGAUGUGGCUCUAUCACACCCCAGCCAAAAUCGAAGCUCCCGCUUUGGCUUUUCUGCGUGAGAACUUGAAGUCUCUGCACAUUAAGUUCACCGACAUCAAAGAAAUUCCCCUGUGGAUCUACAGUCUGAAGAAUCUCAGCGAACUCCAUCUGACGGGGAAUCUCAGCGCCGAGAACAACCGUUACAUUGUCAUUGACGGACUCCGGGAGCUCAAGAGGCUCAAAGUUCUUCGUCUGAAGAGCAAUCUCACCAAGCUACCUCAAGUGGUGACAGACGUGGGCAUGCACCUGCAGAAGCUGUCCAUCAACAACGAAGGCACCAAGCUGAUGGUGCUGAAUAGUCUGAAGAAGAUGGUGAACCUGACUGAACUAGAGCUCAUCCGCUGCGAUCUGGAACGCAUACCGCACUCGAUCUUCAGUUUGCACAACUUGCAGGAGAUCGAUCUGAAGGACAACAACCUGAAGACGAUUGAGGAAAUCAUCAGCUUUCAGCACCUUCAUCGGCUGGUCUGCCUUAAGCUCUGGUACAACCAGAUCGCCUACAUUCCCAUUCAGAUCGGCACCCUGACGAACCUGGAGAAGCUGUACCUGAACAGGAACAAGAUUGAAAAGAUUCCCAGCCAGUUGUUUUAUUGCCGCAAGCUGCGUUUCUUGGACCUGAGCCAUAACAACUUAACCUACAUCCCAACAGACAUCGGCUUCCUGCAGAAUCUUCAGUACCUGGCAGUGACAGCCAAUAGGAUCGAGAGCCUGCCUAAUGAGCUGUUUCAGUGCAAGAAGCUUCGCACUUUGAACUUGGGGAACAAUUGCCUGCAGUCUCUGCCAUCGCGUUUCGGAGAGCUGACUGCGCUGACACAACUCGAGCUGAGAGGAAACCGUCUGGAGUGUCUGCCCGUGGAGCUGGGAGAGUGCAGACAGCUCAAGAGAACUGGUCUGGUUGUGGAGGAGGACCUGUUCAACACGCUGCCCACGGAGGUUAAAGAACAGUUAUGGAAAGCGGACAAAGAACAAGUCUGAACCGGUCUGCAUCUGUGAGCUAAAACCGAUUCUGACCAACUGAGUGUGGACGCAGGAGGAGCUCCCCACAAGUGUCCCAGAGGCUCAUUAAAGCGGGAAUGAGUCCUGCUGCAGCAUCCUGCCAGUAAGGUCGGGUAAUGAGAACCAGUGCCAGUUCAUUAGAACCAAAAUACUGAUUCUGGCAGCUUCUGGUCCUUCUCUUAGUUCAUUUGAUAUUGUCAUUCCUUUACAAACAACUUCUCAGGCCUUUACAUUAUAACCCAGUAAUGAUGCUUUUUAGCAAUAAUGUAGCAGUGCCAUUGUGUUAAAAAAAAAUCACGUGUUUACAUUUUAUGCUUCUCAAUUAUGGUAUAGAAGUCAAAGUAUGCAAAACUGUGGGCCAGCUUUUGCUGAAAAAAAGCAGCUGGUUCUUGAUCAAUUAAGAUUUAAUACGUAAUUAAAAUAAUCUUUCGAGGACUGUUGCUUUGAAGGAACAAAUUAGAGAGCAAAAAUGACGCUUUAUUUCUGUCUACAGAUGAUUAUCAAAACUGUAGCCAGCACUGAUUCCAGUUGUUUUGAGCUGUUAUUGACUCAUAACAUGCAAAUUAGUUAAUUAGGAAAUCAUGAAAGUAAGCUAGAGUCUCUCUUUUUUGGACAAAUUAAGCAGGAGUUCUCUCACAAUGUUUGACAAUUGAUCUGAUUUGGUUAUCAGAUGUUAUACUUAUAUGUAGGCAGUGACAGUACAAGCCAGUCGGACACUUGACUUUUAACACUCUAUCCGUCGUCCAGCAGUGACAUGAGCUAAAUUAAAACUCUGCUGGCUUUUCUGCUCUACAGCAAUGACCUUCAGAUACCCUCAGAGCUCGGCUCGACACCGAUGUGAAAAUCUCGAAAGUAUGACGGGAAUUUUUCAAAUCAGGGAUUACUAAUGACGGGCGAAGUCAAGGAAGGUGAUGACAAGACUGUUAGCGGGGCAAGCGCUGAGACGUGUGAUAUUUAUACGAGUGCGAUCCUUACAUGGAGUCGGUCUGACAGAGAGGAGGGAUUAUUGGCUCUUUCUUGGGGGGGGUAAAGAUGUGUGUUUGAUCCAGCGCUUGAGGAAAAGCAAUUAUUCUACUGAACGCUACUCACUGGACCAGCAUCACAAUUACAUUAGCGAAGCUUUCCAUCAGGAUAGGCGACCCUCACCGCAACCUGUACUUUCCAAUUGAGUAAAAUCUAUUAAAUGGCCAUGCUGUGUUUAUAUAUAUAUAUUUUCUUUUUUUGCAAUGAAUUGCACAAAACAACAUGAUGAGAUCUGAUGAAAAUGCUGAAAAGUUUCUGAAUGAGAUGUCGGAAGAAUUCAGAUGACGUUGGUAUAGAAUAACACAGGACUACAACAAAAUGGAGCCUCUAGAUGUUGGUAAUACGGCUGAAACAGAUGUAGAAACACUAGAUCGGUUUAUUGAUGAUAAAUCAACCACUGGUCCACUGCUAUGAACUUAUAGUUUAGAGUUAAUUUCCACAAAUAAGUCAUCUGUUUUCUUAACACCUGGCCUUGUUUAUUCUAGCAUUAGAAUCCGACUUUUCUACCUUUAUAGGGCAGUUAUCCUUUUCGUUUUAUCUUGCUGAACUGCAUUACCCAGAAUUCAGUGCAAUGUUCAGCGCAAAUGUUCACCUGUGUGAGAUAACGGCCAUCUUUAAUGUCAGAUAUUUAAAUUGCUACACUUUAAACUCAGAUUGCUGGGGUUCAUAUUUAAUUUAAUUUUAUUAUUUUGUGCUCUGUGUAGAAAAACAGUGCAAUUAUGGUCAUUUUUGAAAAGCUAAUUGAGGUGAAAUUUGGUUAAAAAAACAUUCCAUUUAAUGAAGAGAAGAAAAUGUCAAUCAUAGGAAUGAAAUUGUUCCUUUAUUCUGAAAGAUUUUCUGUCAGAUUAGUUGCCUUAACUUUUUUUUUUUCCUUUUAAUCUUGUGGAUUGUUACUUGUUGUAGCAUUUGUGUGGAUGAACAUUAGUUAUUGUAGUUCUGGCCAAUAUUUUGAUGCAAUUAUUUGUCCGAAAAGAUGCACUAAACUACUCGGCUCCAAAUGACAAUGUGAGCAUCAGGACAGAUGUGCUGUGUGUUUUGUGUUUUGCUCGACUGUUUUGUUUGAUUACAAGUGACUAGUGAGGCUUUUCUUUUCAGUUGUACCCUCACCUUGUGACUUUAUUUAAAAUACAGCUACCCGAUUCCAGGUUUCCGUUUAUUAACCAGGGUCGCUAUGUGCUGCUGAGAACAACUACAGCUGAAGUCGGAAGGGAUGAAACAUUAAAAUUCACUAAAACUUCGACCAAGCUGUUGUAUUUAGAGCUUGUUAUUGAAGACGCACAGGCUUAUUUUUGGAAAGGAAGUAGAGUUUUUUUGUGUGUGUUUCUUUUAGAUGCGCCUCUUGCAGAAACCUGGACAAAAACAUGAAAGAUUUGAAAUAUUUUCUUUAAUAGGAAGGCCAGAAUUACAAAUUAAUAUCUUGACAUACUUAUUUUGACUCAAACUGGAUAUUUUAGGUCAUCAAAGCUGCAGACUUUUUUUUUUGAAAUUUUUAGCAUUCUUCAUUUUAUUGUCAUUAUUAUUACUUUCCCUGUUUGUGUUCGUUUGUAAAGCAAAGCUAAAUAGUUUUGGCCUGAGAGUGACUUCUCAGGCAAAGUAAGACUUAAAAAUAUGGAAUUCGAAAUCAAUGCACAGCUCCGAUACAGCACAAGACAUAAUAAGGGGUCCUUUUGUUCACCCUGAGAUGAAAAAAAAAAUCAGUUUGUUUUAAUAAACCUAAGAAAUCCUGGACAGUAGCAAUAUGAAGUAUAGGCACUUGAUUGAAAAGCGUAGAAAUAAUUUAAGCUCAUCUGCUUCAGUAACAUGUUUUACUAUGCUAUAAUGUGCAAUAUUGCCUUUUAUUUAAACCAUAUAGAGGUAGAAGCGAUGUCGUUGUCUAAAUGUGCAUCGGCAUUUUCCUUUGGUCACAUUGUUUUUACUCCAGGUAGACUUAAAAGUAUAUUAGAGGAGAUUUUUGGGGUCCUAGAAAAUGCUUUUGCACUCGAGCACCUCACCCACAGGCUACAUUUUAAUUCAAAUGGUGGAAUAUAACACGUUUUUUUCCCGGCUACAGGAAGGUUCAACUGAGUGACUGCCAGCCAUGAGAUUAAAAUGGUAUUAGAUUAGUGUGUGAGCUUGAUUUUUGUAGAACUACUCACAGGAAAACGAAUUGAUUUUGGUCAUUUAAAGUCCCAAGUGGAGCAUUUUCAGAACACGUCAGCAAUACGCCUCAGUUUAAGACAAUCAGCUGUUCUAAUUAAGAAAUGUAAGUGUUGCACUGAGUACUGCAAGGAAGUGGCCAGUACAUGAAAAAUACGGUGUGUAGGCUGCUAGUAAAGUGGUAUCAGUAACUAGAUUAGGUUUUUUGUCUCAUAGUCAUUGUUAAUCUUUAGUUUUCUGUAUUUUCCUCCCUUUUUUGGACUCAUUUAUGUUCCCGUUUUGACAGCUAUUAGUAUUAUCAUUAUAGUAUAACUAAAUUUCUCAGGAAACCAGCUAGUACUCACUUAUAUUUUUGAGUUGAUUGCCUAUUUUUUUUUAUUACACCUGGUAUUUUUAUUAAUUUAAACAGUCGUGAUGACAUUUUUAUAUGCAUAUUUGUAUACGUUCUUUUCUAGGUUUGGUGUAUUUAAUAUUGACUGUUGGUUUUGAAACAAAAUGUGUUUUUAAAAGAGAAACCACUCGGUUUUAACCUCGAUUCUGUGUUUUAUGACCGCGUGCUAAUUGAGCUGUACCACGUCAGAGUUGUGUCUUCAUUGUGAGUAGCACAGGUGAAGUGUGUGUGUGAGUGUGUUUAGUGUUUUGUAUGUUUGCAUGAUGGGACUUUCUCACAUCCCUCAUUUCCCAUGUUUGUUCUUUGUCGUCUGAGAAACCAUUAUUUUGGGUACAACAUAAUUUCAAGUGUUCCCAGAUUCAUUUCCAGUCAUAAGUGACACACACAUUAGGUUUCAUGCAGUUUUGUUUUGUUUUUGUUUUGCCAAAAAAAAGGUAUCAAUGCAACAGUACUGACAUGAACCAUGCAACCUGUUUGAACACGUGUCUCAUCCUCUCUUGUACACCGUUCACUAGGGUAAGAAACUACAAUAAAAGUGGUUGACAAAA